AUGAGGUUGAGGGAUGAAGUAUUACGUACUCAACAGGCAAUUGAGGCUCAAAGAGUUCUUGGAGAGGACAUCAACGAUGAUAGAUUCCGAGCAGAAGCACUGCGCCAGACCCCAGAAGAUAUUUGGAAGGAUGAUCUUGACGCCGACAGGGUAGGAAGAGAGGACUUCGAAGCAGAUGCUGAGGGUCGUCGGCAGAAAUACAAGAUUCGACGGCUAGGACGGCGCUGGUCCAUGGCAACGGCUAUGAAUAUAAAAAUUGGUUAUUGGUUAUUGGUCACUUCCAGGUUGUCAUUCGUGUCCGCACGGAGUAAGACAUGGGGAUUCCAGAAUCAAUCAGAGAGCGCUCUAUACCCACAUACUUCGAUCAACAGCUUCGCUGUCACCACUGAUCUAACCUAG